GGUAAUUCCUUUCCGCCCCCAUUCUAAUUCCUUUUCGUGUUUAUACUCCGUAUUUUUCAUCGUGGUCUACUUUGUGCUCGCAGGGGCCUCAGGAGUCAUCAGGAGCGAGAUGUUACUGCGCCGGCUGUUGCUAGCCGUAGCGGCGCUGGUUACUGGCACCAUCUGGCUCUGGUCCUCCUCCUCUGUCGUCCUCUUCGGCGGCACCUACAGGAUCCAGGAUUUUGUUGUAAAUGAGCUGUGGAGGACUGCAGAUUCAAAUGGCUGGAGAGCAUCUUCUGCACCACGCACCUAUUGGCCUCCCCCACCAACUGAAUCUGAGAGCAGUGGGUACUUGCGUGUCCGGUACAAUGGUGGCUUGACCCAACAAUGCAGCGCAAUAUGUAAUGCUGUUGUUGUGGCACGAAUCAUGAAUGCUACACUAGUGCUGCCAGAGUUAGACACAAAUUCAUUCUGGCAUGAUGAGAGUGGUUUUGUAAAUAUAUAUGAUGUUCCGCACUUCAUCCAGACAUUGAAAUAUGACGUUCGAAUUGUUACGAGCGUUCCAAAAAUUACUGCACCGGGAAAGACCAAGAAGCUCAGAGCAUAUAAGAUUGAUCCACCUAGAGAUGCACCAGUUACUUGGUACAGAACAACUGCUCUGGAGAUGAUAAGGAAAUAUGGUGCGAUAUAUUUAACUCCAUUUUCACACCGAUUGGCCGAAGAAAUUGAUGAUCCAGAGCUCCAGAGAUUGAGAUGCAGGGUUAAUUAUCACGCGCUACAAUUUAAGUCAAAUAUCAGGAAAACAAGCAGUGCUAUAGUGAAUAAGCUCCGUUCAGAAGGCCAUUUCAUGUCAGUUCAUCUUCGGUUUGAGCUGGAUAUGAUUGCAUAUGCUGGGUGCAUCGACAUAUUCACACCUAAAGAACAGAAAAUCCUGUUGAAGUAUCGGGAAGAACAUUUUCCAAAAAAGCCCCUUGUCUACAGGGAAAGAAGGCUCAUUGGAAAGUGCCCUUUAACUCCAGAAGAGGUCGGUCUUAUUAUACGUGCUAUGGGAUUCGAUAACACAACACGGAUUUACCUUGCUUCCGGCAAGCUGUUUGGUGGGAAACGCUUCUUGAAGCCAUUCAAGGCUAUGUUCCCACGUCUAGAAAACCAUAGUAUGGUUGGAAGUGGAGAGCUGGAAGAAAAUACCCGAGGGCUAGCGGGGUCAGCAGUUGACUACAUGGUCUGUCUCCUGUCGGACGUUUUUAUGCCCACAUAUGAUGGCCCGAGCAACUUCGCAAACAAUCUCAUGGGUCAUCGCCUAUACUCUGGUUUCCGAACCACAAUCACACCAAACAGGAAAGCCCUUGCUCCGAUAUUUAUGGACAUGGAGGAAGGGCGUGCAUCUGGAUAUGAGGAGAGGAUCAGGCAGGUCAUGUUCAACACCCAUUUUGGCGCCCCCCACAAGCGCAUCCAUCCAGAGUCUUUCUACACAAACCCAUGGCCAGAGUGCUUCUGCCAGAUGAAAGCUAGGAACCAUGCUGACCGGUGCCCACACAACAAUGUAAAUGAUGUCCUUGAAAGUCAGUUCCAGAAUAAAGAAGAUAUAGUUAGCUAACAUUGAUUGAGAAUUGACAUCUUACACUGGCUGGUGUAGGUCUCCUUUUUACCUUGAAGCAACUUCGGUUGUUUCUGUUUGGUAAAAAAAAAAUCUUCGGUUGUUUUUGCCUUUUUUUUCUUUCUUUCUUUGCUCCCUCACCCCCUUUUCCCCCUUGUAAUUGUUAUCGUGGUAUAUAUUGUUGGAGCCUCUCCUCUCCUGUA